AUGUGGCGAUUUAUCUCUAUCUCGACUAUUGCUGUCUCUGUGCUCUUAUCUGGUCGUGCUCUUGCGGCGUUGUAUUCUCUGAGUGACAAUUUCCAGGGCAGCGCGUUUUUCAACGAUUUCUCUUUCGAAGCCAUAGCGGAUCCUACACACGGCCGUGUUAACUACGUCUCCAAAUCGACUGCGCAGAGUGAUGGUCUAGCCACUGUAUCAGGGAACAACUUCAUCCUCCGCGCUGACGAUACCAGUGUUCUGAGUUCAAGCGGGGCGGGGCGCAACUCAUUCAGAAUUCAGUCGAACAAGCAAUACACCACGCAUGUCGCUGUAUUCAAUGUAGAGCACAUGCCGGAGGGAUGCGGCACCUGGCCUGCCAUCUGGGAGGUUGGAGACAACUGGCCAAAUGGGGGAGAAGUUGACAUUGUAGAAGGCGUCAACGACGAAUCACCGAACACUUCCACGUUGCACACCAGCUCAGGAUGCACGAUGCCAGCGUCUCGCUUAGAAACGGGCAAUCCAUUGCAGAACGACUGCAACGUUGCUGUCAACAGUAACGCUGGGUGUGGGGUGCAAACAACCGAUGCAAACAGUUAUGGACCUUCUUUUAACAAAAAUGGGGGUGGUUGGUACGCAAUCGAGCGCACAAACAGCUUCAUAAAGGUGUGGUUCUGGGCACGCAACGAUGGCAGUGUUCCCAGCGACGUCUCCAGCGGCGCAAGCUCUGUAAAUACUGGCAACUGGGGGACACCGGACGCAUACUUCCCGAAUACGAGCUGUGACAUCUCAUCGCACUUCGGGCCAAAUAACAUCAUCAUCAAUCUCACUUUCUGUGGCGACUGGGCAGGGAACGUUUAUGCUUCUUCGGGUUGCCCGAGCACAUGCGUUGACUAUGUAAAUAACAACCCCAGCGCUUUUGUCAACGCUUACUUCGAGUUUCCAUGGGUCAAGGUAUAUGAGUGAUGGUCGUAUCACGCUCAUAUCUGUUUCCUUGGUCUUGCUAACCUAUUGGGCGCUGGUGGUUGAUUCACCAUUCUCGGCGGUUUAUUGUGCCACAGCUACUUCCCUCGUCAUUUAUUUCCAAGGUUCUUCUACACUUACAUAACACAUUCUUGAUGACCUUCGGCGCACCCCAUUGUGUUAUCGAUAUUCCCCUC